UUAAUUUUUUAUUCAAAUUUGUAAUCUUAUAUUUUGUAAUACGCAGUAAGAAGGAAACACAAACAGAAACAAGUAUAAUAGAGAAUUCAGAAAUGGACUAGGGUUAUUAGUAUACUUUCUUAUUUUACACAUCAGCUUCUGUAUGUCACUUUAGAUCCAAGAGGGACUAAAAACUAAGAGGAAGAGGAAUGGGGGACACCGGGGAGGUUUUGUCAAAACUGAAACGUGAAUAGAUUCCUCAGUGAGGUUCCCAAAGCCAUGCCUUGGAACUUUGGGUUUUGGGCAACACUGUUCUCUUCUCUGGCCCGGCCUUUGCUAUAUUUUCUUCUUGUAUCUGUGCAAUAUCAGUAACCUGUGGUAAUUUUUUAAAUUGACUUGGCUGAAAUACAUAUUAUACUAGUAAAAAUAUAGUAAAUGCUCUUUAAUCAAGUAUAUGCCUAGCUAUUUUAAUUCAUUGAUCUUCUCUGGCAUUACCUACCAAAACUAUCAGGAUCAAUUUAGAGAUUGGUUUUUCCUUUUCUGGUAGGGUAUUUGGGAUUUUGGGAUAAUUUCCAUUGCAUGGAUUUUUUACUUUAGUCAUUAGGCCUGCUCAGCAAACCAAUAAAAGAAAAAGUGCAAAAAAAUAUGCCUUGCAUUCAGAGAUGAAUUUGUCUUAAUAGAGUAUAUAAUGCAUCUUGUUAACUGUGUAACAUGAAUUACUUUGUGUUCAUAUAAUAAUUCUGGCCAUUGCUGCCUGUUUGUGAAGGGAAUCCUCUAAACUAGUACACACACCUUCAUCUAUAGCAACAACUAGAAUCAAAUUUUGAAACCAAUUAAAUUGUAGUAAAAAAAGCAAAGGAAUCAAAAACAUAAUGGGACUUAUGGCCUUCAUAAGAGUGGCUCUACUACCAAAAUUAAAACAGCCCAUAUUGAGGAAAACAAUGCAAGAACACAUGAGAAAUCUAACAAAGAGGCCUAUUGAAUUCAAUUAGGAGUAAAAUAUGUAGCGAAGAACAGAACCCCGAGGUGAAGAUGGUGGAGCUGGUGCGCCUUUAAAUCUAUAAUCUAUUCCCUCUUUCAUUAUCUCUCUCACUUCUUUUCUUGCUUGACAGCAAAGUAUGUAUGAUAGUGUUUAAUAGUAAUAUAGAGUUAUAGACUAGAUAAUAUUGCAAUUGCAGUAGCACAAACUAGUAGGGUUGAAGAAAAGAAUCAAGAAAAAGUGAGAGAGACCCAAUGCAAAACCAAGAGGAGGGGUUAAGGUUUUGAGGCAAAAUUUGGCAAUGCCAAUGCUGUUGAGGCAGAAGCCCUCUAACACCUACAAUCACCACCAAAUGUCGAGGCCACUAUCGUUCACCACCAUCGAUUUCUUCUUCCUCUUCGUCUUCACACUCGCAACGUCUGCUGCUUCUUUGGCUGCUGCAAAUGUUGACGUUCUGACAUUACAUACAUGGCUUCAAGGCUCUACUACCUCACCCUCUUCUUCUGAUUUCUCCAACUGGAACCCUUCAGACCCCAACCCUUGUAAUUGGUCCUACAUUACUUGUUCUUCUCAAAACUUUGUCACUGAAAUUAAUAUCCAGUUUAUUGAGCUAGCCCUUCCCUUUCCUUCAAAUUUUUCCUCCCUUGCAUUUCUUCAAAAGCUCAUCAUUUCUGGUGCUAAUCUUACUGGAACAAUCUCACCUGAUAUUGGAUAUUGCAAAUCGCUUCUGGUGCUUGACGUAAGUUCAAACAGUCUUGUGGGUAGUAUUCCUACAAGUAUUGGCAGGCUUGAAAAUCUUCAGGACCUGAUCUUAAACUCUAACCAGCUUACUGGUCAAGUACCAAUGGAGCUUGGUGAUUGCGCCAGCCUGAAGAAUCUUCUCAUAUUUGAUAACUACCUAAGUGGUUAUCUUCCUGCUACACUCGGAAAGUUACUAAACUUGGAAGUCAUUCGAGCUGGAGGGAACAAAGACAUGUCAGGAAAUAUCCCGGAUGAGCUUGGAAACUGCAAGAACUUGCAGGUGUUGGGGCUUGCUGAUACUAAAGUUUCUGGUUUGAUACCUUCAUCAUUGGGUAAGCUCAGCAUGCUGCAGACGCUGUCGAUUUAUACUACUAUGCUAUCGGGUGAGAUUCCACCGGAUAUUGGCAACUGUUCAGAACUUGUCAACUUGUUCUUGUAUGAGAAUGACCUUUCUGGUUCACUACCACCAGAGUUGGGCAAGCUUCAUAAGCUGGAGAAGAUGUUAUUGUGGCAAAACAACCUUGAUGGGACUAUUCCUGAGGAAAUUGGGAACUGCAGAAGCUUGAAGACCAUAGAUGUCUCUCUAAAUUCUGUUUCUGGAAGCAUACCUCAGUCUUUCGGAAACCUCUCAAAUCUUGAGGAGCUUAUGCUUAGUAACAACAACAUCUCUGGUUCAAUUCCCUCAGUUCUUUCCAAUGCUACAAAACUUGUGCAGCUGCAGCUUGAUACUAAUCAGAUUUCAGGCUUGAUCCCAGCUGAGCUGGGAAUGUUGAAGGAGCUCACAGUCUUUUUUGCUUGGCAGAACAAACUCGAAGGUAGUAUUCCAUCAGAAUUGGCCGGUUGUGAGAGUCUUCAAGCUCUAGAUCUCUCACACAAUGCUCUCACUGGUAACAUACCUUCUGGCCUAUUUCAGCUGCAAAAUUUAACCAAGCUUCUCUUGAUUUCUAAUGACAUUUCGGGUCCAAUACCUUCGGUGAUUGGAAAUUGUACUUCUCUUAUCCGGCUAAGGCUUGUACAUAACAGAAUCAGUGGAGAGAUCCCAAAAGAAAUUGGAUUCCUUGAUAACCUCAGUUUCCUUGAUCUGUCUGAAAACCGUCUUGUUGGUACCGUACCAGAAGAAAUUGGAAAAUGCAGUUCAUUACAGCUACUCAACUUAAGUAACAACACCCUUGGAGGUAAUUUGCCUAGCUCUUUUUCUUCUCUCACAAGGCUUCAAGUACUGGAUGUCUCUGUGAAUCAAUUUGUAGGUCAGAUUCCUGAGAGUUACGGUGGACUUGCUUCACUUAAUAGGCUCAUCCUCAGUAGCAACUCCUUAACUGAGCCAAUCCCCUCUUCACUUGGUAAAUGUUCAAACCUUCAACUGCUUGAUCUUAGUAGCAACAAGCUCACUGGGAUGAUCCCAGAGCAACUGUUUGAAAUUGAAGCUCUUGACAUUGCUUUGAACCUGAGUUUCAAUGCUUUAUAUGGGAUAAUCCCACCACAGAUUUCUGCUCUCAAUAAGCUAUCCAUACUAGACCUUUCACACAACAAGCUUGAAGGUGAUCUGUUGGCACUUUCCGGGCUUAUAAAUCUUGUUUCUCUGAACAUCUCAUACAACAACUUCACUGGCUAUCUUCCUGACAGCAAGGUGUUUCGACAGUUGUCAGCAACAGACUUGGUGGGAAACAAAGGAUUGUGCUCUAGAGGUCAUGAUUUAUGUUUCCUCAGCAAUGGUACAACAAUAGCUAUGUCUAGAAGUGGCAGUUUUAGGAGGUCAUGGCGACUUAAAUUGGCCAUUGCAUUGCUAAUAGCCUUGACCAUUGCUUUGUCCAUUUUUGGGAUAGUUGCAGUAUUUCGAGCACGAAAGAUGAAUGGAGAGGACAAUGAUUCUGAGAUUGGAGGGGACUCAUGGCCUUGGAAAUUCACUCCAUUUCAGAAGGUGAGUUUCUCAGUUGAGCAAGUUCUAAAAUGUCUAGUAGAAACCAAUGUAAUAGGAAAGGGAUGCUCAGGAGUUGUUUACCGGGCAGAAAUGGAAAACGAAGACAUUGCAGUAAAGAAGCUCUGGCCAACAACAACUGCUUCCAGAUAUGAUUGUCAAAGUAGAGGAGUUCGUGAUUCCUUUUCGGCUGAGGUGAAGACCCUUGGCUCCAUUCGCCACAAGAACAUUGUUAGGUUCUUGGGUUGCUGUUGGAACCGAAACACAAGAUUGCUUAUGUAUGAGUACAUGCCAAAUGGGAGCUUGGGUGGUUUACUUCAUGAGAGAAGCGGUAACUGCUUAGAAUGGGACAUCAGAUAUCGCAUAGUACUCGGGGCUGCACAAGGCUUGGCUUAUUUGCACCAUGACUGUGUUCCUCCUAUAGUUCACAGAGACAUUAAGGCCAACAACAUUCUCAUUGGUCCAGAUUUUGAGCCCUGCAUUGCUGAUUUUGGGCUUGCCAAGCUUGUUGAUGAAGGAGAUUUUGCUCGGUCCUCCAACACGGUUGCAGGUUCUUAUGGCUACAUUGCUCCUGAGUAUGGAUACUCAAUGAAGAUAACAGAGAAAAGCGAUGUGUACAGCUACGGCAUAGUUGUGCUAGAAGUGCUAACAGGGAAGCAACCAAUUGAUCCAACCAUACCAGAUGGACUCCACAUUGUGGAUUGGGUAAGGCAGAAGAGAGGGGGAAUUGAGGUACUUGAUCAAAGCUUACGAGCACGACCAGAACCCGAGAUUGAGGAAAUGCUGCAGACAUUAGGUGUGGCAUUGCUGUGCAUUAACCCUACCCCAGAUGACAGACCAACCAUGAAAGAUGUAGCAGCAAUGCUCAAAGAGAUUAGGCAGGAGAGAGAGGAGUGCAUGAAAGCUAACAUGAGGCUUCUCAAUGGGUCCAAUUCUGCAAAUGAUCAUGGACAAGAAACUAUGAUCAGUUGCAGUGGAGGAACAUCAUCAGCUAUGGUGCAGCAACAACAUCCUUACCCUCCAACAAGUACCAGCACAAGUUUCUCUGCUUCCUCAUUGCUAUACACUUCAUCUUCCAAUAUCAAAACAAUUCUCAAAUAAUCAAAAUAAGAACUUACUAAUUAAGGAUUCGGCUUCGCAACCUAGCAUUGCUAUGAUAGAAAUCUGUUUCUAGCUACUUUGUUUCUUAGUUCUCGUUUCUCUGUACUAGAGGGAACAGUUUUAAUAACCAGAAAUAGCUGAAAGUUUACUUUUACUCAGUGUAUAUGCUUUAUUUUGCUUAGAAAUACUAUGUUGAUAUUGGUAUUGAAAGUUAAAAAACACCGACAACUAUGAGAUGCAUUCAACACAUAUGUGAUAUAGUCCAACUCCAACAUGAUAUGAAAAUCCAAAAUGAAAUUGCUUGUCUGGAAAAAUUCAGAAGAAUAUCCCCUCACUUAUUCUGUUGAUCGACUAGAAUAGGAGUGAAGAAGUCUUGAUGUGAUCGAUUUGCAAUGAUGAAUGAAAUUUGUAGCUAGUGAGAGUGGAAGUGAUUGCUUAAUUACCU